CCCUUCCUCCUGUCCGUGCAUUAAAGAAAACGGGAGCGACGAGCUCGCAUUGAAUUCCUGCGCUCUGAUUGUCGUCGUCGUCGUCUGACCUCCAACAUCGCAGAGCUCGCCAACAAUGAACGGCCACGCCGUGCCAGCUCCUCCGUUCGUGGCUGAUCCACAUCCGAAGCGAGUGCUCAUCAUUGGCGGCGGCCCGGCGGGCUUGGGCGUCCUGCGCGCGCUGCUCCACCAACACCCGGGCGAAGCUCCACCACCAUUUGAGGCAGUCUCGCUCGUCGAGCGCCGCGAAGACAUUGGCGGCGUCUGGAACAUCGACAGCAAGACUGUUGCCCUCGAGCGCUCCUAUCCCAACGGCCACGCUUCGGGGCAUUGGCCCGUCUAUGCCAACCCGCAGGAGGCCCAGCAGGGGAGACCACACUGGCCCUCGCCCUCGUACCCUCUCCUGCGAGGAAACGUGCUGCCGCGCUUCCUGUCGUAUUCGACAGCCGGUCGAUUCCCUGCGCCUUCGGAGAACGAGCCAUUCCCGUCGCUCGACGAGACACAGGCGUAUCUCGUGGAGGCUGCCAAGCCCGUCCGUGCUUACAUCCGAUGCAACAUCGAGUGCGUCGGCGUGUGGGAGCUGCCAGACGACAAGCCGGACCAGAACAGAUGGGCUGUACGUUUGCAUGACUGGAACGAUGGUGGUAAGGCGGUGACCGAGUACUGGGACGCGGUCAUCCCUGCCACGAGCUUCACCGAUGCGCCCGCCUAUCCUGCGAUCCCUGGUAUCAAGGAAGUGCAUGACAUUGGCAAGCUGCAGCACUGUAAAUGGUACCGUGGUGUCGAGGGGACAUAUACAGCCGACGAGCGUAUCCUCGUUGUAGGCAAUGGCAAUAGCGCAAACGAUGUCGCUGCCCACCUUGCCUCCCACCGCGUCGCCGGCAAGCACGAGCCAAUCUACCGGGCCGCGCGCCACGCCAAGCUCAUCAUCUUCUCCGCGCUCGAAGAUGAACGAAUCAAGGACGUGCCCACGGUCAAGGCUUUUCACGUUCGCGAAAGGGCCGGCAAGGCCGUCCUAGACGUCGAGCUGAUCGAUUCGUCUAUCAUUGAGAAUGUUGACAGAGUCGUCCUCGGCUCGGGCUAUCAGUACGGCAAGUACCAUUGGAUUCAUCUCCUGAGCCGUGGCGCAACGUCAGCAGACGAGGCCCACCUCCCAGGCCACCACGACGGCGCAGACUGGCAAGCACCAGCAGAGUCGGACCUGUGGAAACCCGUGUCGCUUGCCCCUCGCGCACUGGGCCAAGGACCCGAGCCGGAUGAUCCGGGCCGUCUUGUGGGUCUGUGGGAGCAAAUGGUUCAUGCCCGUGCUGCCACGCUGGCCUUUGCCAACCUGCCCAUCACCUAUACGCCCUUUAUCCUGGCCGACGUCCAAGGCCAUGCGCUCCGGAGCCUCUGGGACGCGUCGCCCGCGUCCCUUCCGCCCACGCUGGAAGCACGGCUGCAGUCCGAGCGCGAUCGGCUGGCAGAGAUUGAGGCGCGGAAAAAGGCGCUUCCGGAGCUCGAAGCCGCCGGCGAAAAGGCCUGGCGCGACAAGCUCGAAAAGAACCGCGCCGUCGACCGCGGCGAGCUGCCAGAGUCGGAGCGCAUCCCAGCCUUUGAGACAGUGGCGCCGGACCACGUCACCCUGCUCCACUUUCACAUCCUGGGCGACGAUGGCUUGCCGUACGCUAACCGGCUGCGAAAGGUUGCGCUCGCGGGCCACCCAGAGUGGGAGCAGCGGCUGCUGGACUGGAACACGAUCGAGGAGGAGCGAAAGGGAAUGUACGCCGUCAAGGUCGAGUCGCUCAAGCGUGCUCGAGAACGACGGAGGAUUGCCGGUGGUGUAGAGUAGCAGCGUCAUAGAGAUGGAUGUUUCGGGGAAGAGAAGAAACAGAGAAAUGCAACAGUAAUAAU